UCGGCCCGGCCCUCACCUUGGCUUCCAGGCGCCCCCCGCGCGGCCGCGGCCUCCCCCCGGCGCCCCCCAGGGAGAUGUAUCAGGGCUUCCCCGGAGACUACGACUCCGCCUCGCGGUGCAGCUCGUCCCCCUCGGCCGAGUCCCAGUACCUGUCCUCGGUGGAUUCCUUCGGCAGCCCCACGGCCGCCGGCGCCGCCUCCUCCUCGCAGGAGUGCAGCGGCCUGGGGGAAAUGCCUGGAUCGUUUGUGCCAACCGUGACUGCCAUAUCGACUAGCCAAGACCUCCAGUGGCUGGUGCAGCCCACCCUGAUCUCCUCCAUGGCUCAAUCGCAGCAGCCUCCAGGCCAACAAAUGCCUCCGCAGCAGCCGCAGCCGCCACCGGUGGACCCCUACGACCUUCCCGGCACCAGCUACGCCACACCAGGCAUGGGCGCCUUUGCUGGCGGGCCCUCGACAGCCCCAGUCGCUGCCGCCCCACAGCGUCCCACCAGGGCCCGGCCCCGAAGGACGCGGGAGGAAACGCUAACGCCAGAAGAAGAAGAAAAACGACGUGUCCGCCGCGAGAGGAACAAACUAGCGGCGGCAAAGUGCCGGAAUCGCCGUAGGGAACUGACGGAUCGGCUGCAAGCAGAAACCGACCAGCUGGAGGAAGAGAAGGCCGAGCUGGAGUCCGAGAUAGCUGAGCUGCAGAAGGAAAGAGAGCGGCUGGAAUUCGUCCUGGUGGCUCACAAGCCCAGCUGCAAAAUCCCCUAUGAGGACAUCCCGGAGCUUAGCGGGCAGCCCAGCACCUCAGCCGAGGUGGGCUCUCUGGCGAUGGCGGUCAAGGAGGACCCCUUUGGGCCAGUGGCCUACUCGUCUAUGCCGCUCCACUACCAGCAGAGCCUGGGCGGAGUGCAAGCCCUGGGCCCGGCGGAGGUAGCAUUUUCUAGUUCUUACUUUACACAUGGUGAACAGCUGAGCGACUCGUUCCCGGCUAACCCUUCAUAUACAUCUUCGUUUGUCUUCACCUACCCAGAGGGAGCCACCACCUGCGGAGCCUCACACCAGCGGAACAGCAGCAGCGACCAGUCCUCCGACUCCCUGAACUCUCCCUCGCUCCUUGCUCUGUGAAACUCA